AUGAGUGUCCCUUCGUCAAUUCCACGCAUUCUUGACAGCGAUAGUGACAGUGAGGAUGAUGUUCCAUUGUCCUCCUUACGUAGUGCGAAAGCUCCAGUACUAAAAGAAGAAAUAAAGACGGAAAUGUCGAGCCACAAUGUGAAAAAGAACAAACGAGAGACGAGAAGUGAGAGCGAAAGUGACGAUGAGAUUCCUAUCAGUGGCCUGGCGAACCGGAAUAAAAAGUUGAAGAUUGAGACAAAUGUCAAGAGGGAAGAGGUGACGAUGAAUAACCCUCGGUCGACAUUAAAGAGCACACCACGUAAGGUGAAGAAGAGAAUAAUAAAGAUAAAGAUUCGACAACAAGAGUGUACGGAACAAUUGUAUCAAACACUCAAGGGUCAAUUGGCUCAGGAAUUGCUGUGUCGAUGGUGGUAUGCGAUGGAAUGGCCACCUACGAAGACAUUAACGUCAAAAGUGCAUGGCGUCCAGGAACUUGAUGGGUUUCCUGGUGCCUAUAUUCGCGUUAAGGGUGACGACUUGGGUUCGAUUAUAGAUACGCGGCUAUCAGCGGGAAAGCCGUCGUUCUUGCACUUCUUUGCUAUGUCUUCUGAAGACCUGCAAAAGCUGCUUCUUCUGGCGUAUGAUAAACAAAUGGAAGUGUUGAUCGAUCAUGAGGGCUCGGACACUCCUCUUCUGAAGGAGCUGCAAAAGGCACGCGCAUCAGCAGCUCGAAUUAACACAGAGAAGGCAGACCGAAGCAUACAAAAGGUGCUGAAGAGUUUUGCUGAGCUGGAGCGAGAAAUUAAAGCGGUAAAAGCUCUUGCGCUCAAAGAGGAGAAUACUUCGGAUGAAGGUGAAGAAGACGACAAUGAUGAUGACGACGCAGCGGAUGACUAA